AUGCCACAUGGUCUCCCCCCCGGCGCUACCACCCUCUUCCUCCAAAACAACCGGAUCGGCGACGCCGGCAUCCCGGCACGUUUGGGCCACUUAUCGGCGUUGAAAGUUUUAUAUCUCUACGCCAACGCCUUGGAGCAGUUGCCGGCGUAUUUGCCGCCGGCGCUGCGGGAGCUGCACCUCCAGGAGAAUAACGUCCGCGGGCUCUGCCGACGGGCGCUGGCGCGAGCGCCGCUGCUGGAGCGCCUGCACCUGGACGACAACUCCGUCUCGGCUGCCGGCAUCGAAGAAGACGCCUUUGCCGAAAAUCGCCGCUUGCGGUUACUGUUCCUAUCCCGGAACCACCUCAGCAGCGUCCCGCCGGGAUUACCGCCGGCGCUGGAGGAGCUGCGGUUGGACGACAACCGGAUUCACACCAUCCCCCUCCGUGCCUUCGAGGGUCUGCCGGCACUUCGGCGCUUGGUGCUGGACGGGAACCUGUUGGCCAACCAGCGGAUGGCGGACGACACCUUCAGCCGCUUGGUCAACCUCAGCGAGCUCUCGUUAGGGCGGAACGCGUUAGCGGCGCCGCCGGCCAACCUCCCCCGCGCCCGCCUUCGCCGCCUGUCCCUGGCCGCCAACGCCAUCAGCCACGUCCCCGCCGGCGCCUUGGCGCGGAUGCGGUCGCUGGAGCGGCUGGAUCUGUCGGACAACAACCUGACGACGCUGCCGCGGGGGCUGUUCGACGACCUGGGGAGCCUGAGCCACCUGGGGCUGCGGAACAACCCCUGGUUCUGCGGCUGCAACCUGGCCUGGCUGAGGGACUGGCUGCGCCGUCGGGCGCCGCGGGGGCUGGAGGUCAAGGGGCUGCUGUGCCAGGCACCGGCACGGCUGCGGGGGAGCGGGGGAACCGGGCGCUGGCGGCGGGGGGCGGGGGGGGGGGCCCCGGCCCGUUCACCCCCCCCCACGGCCCCCAUCGCCCGGGCCGGCCACAACCACGUCCUCUUCAGCAACCGCUCGGCUGCCUACGCCCGUCAGGGCGACUACGCCCGCGCCCUGGCCGAUGCCUGCCGCACCCUCGAGCUGCGCCCCGACUGGGCCAAGGGGUACUCACGCAAGGCGGCGGCGCUGGAGUUCCUGCAUCGCUUCGAGGAGGCCAAGGCGGCUUACGAGGAGGGGCUGAAGCACGAACCGGGCAACGCGCAGCUGAAGGAGGGGCUGAGGGGGGUGGAGGCACGACUGGCUGGGAUUCGACAGCUGGGCCGCUCAGUGGGCGAGGAACUGGCUGGGUGGUCGCACGCAGAGAUUGGCGGUCAAUGGCUCGAUGCCCAAGUGGAGAUCAGCGAGGAGUGGCGUUCCUCGGGUUGGUACGGCGACUGGCGCUGUUUAACAGCUUUGUCGGCGACACGGACGGCGAGAUUGAGCACGUUUGCCGACGACACCAAGCUGCGUGGUGCGGUCGACCUGCGGGAGGGCAGGGCUGCCACCCAGAGGGACCUUGGCAGGCCGGAGGGGUGGGCCCCUGCAAACCUCCUGGAGUCCGACAAGGCUGAGCGCAAGGUGCUGCACGCGCAGCGGGAGAAGGAGCUGGGCAAUGCUGCCUACAAGCGGAAGGAGUUCCCCACCGCCCUGGCUCACUACACCCGUGCCGAGGAGCUGGACCCCACCAACAUGACCUACGUCACCAACCAGGCAGCCGUCUACUUCGAGACAGGCGACUACAACCGCUGCAGAGAGCUGUGUGAAAAAGCCAUUGAGGUGGGGCGGGAGAACCGGGAGGACUACAGGCAGAUCGCUAAGGCGUAUGCUCGCAUUGGGAACUCAUAUCUGCGGGAGGAGCGGUACAAAGACGCCGUGAACUUCUACAAUAAGUCGUUAGCUGAGCAUCGCACGCCUGACGUGCUCAAGAAGUGUCAGCAGCUCUCCCCCCAGGACUGCGAGGAGUGCAUCCGCCUGGAGCCCUCCUUCAUCAAGGGCUACACCCGGAAGGCAGCGGCGCUGGAGGCCAUGAAGGAUUACAGCAAAGCCAUGGACGUCUACCAGCGCGCCCUUGACCUCGACGCCUCCUGUAAGGAGGCAGCGGAGGGCUACCAGCGCUGCCUGUUGGCGCAGUACAACCGGCAGGACACCCCCGAGGAGGUGAAGCGCCGCGCCAUGGCUGACCCCGAGGUGCAGCAGAUCAUGAGUGACCCCGCCAUGCGCCUCAUCCUCGAGCAGAUGCAGAAGGACCCCCAGGCCCUCAGCGAGUGA